GGCCAUCACUGCUUCAUUGUACAGGCUGCUGCUGCUGAUGCUGACAACCAUAGCGGACGGGGCGAUUUUCUUUUCUCCAAUAAAUGCAGCGUGUCAUGGAAACGGUUUCACGCAGAUUAGCACUCCACACAUGAUGAGGAUCGAUUACGAGGUAAGCCCUUUUUUCUGAUAGGAGAAUGAGGAAGAGGAGGAACUGGAAACCUUGGGAGCGCCUCGGAAAGUUUCUGUGAAGUCUCAAUGAAAGCAUUAGAAGAGCCUCUCUAGUAAUUGACUCAAUGGCCAAGAAAGGGCGUACGAAGAGCGAGAAGCCCGAAGCGCUCAUCUCUGCCCUGCAGGCAGCCAAUGAAGAUCUCAGGUCCAAGCUGACUGACAUUCAGAUAGAGCUACACCAAGAAAAAUGCAAGGUGAGCAAACUAGAGCGCGACAAGGUCCAGGAGGUGAAGCGGGUGCGAGAGCAGGAGCAGCACCGUCACACUGCCAUGUUGACAGAGCAGCGGGCCAAGUGGCACGAGGAAAAGCAAAAGGAGCUCCAGGCUCUCAGGGAAAACCUGACGCGGCAACAUGAGCAGGAGCUGGCCCGCCACGCCAAAAUCAAAGAGCAGGAGAACCAGAGGCUCAAAGCUGCGCUGAACGCCAUGCGCGACGGCAGCGGAGAGAAGGUGCGCACAGCGCUGACCCUGGAAGCCAAGGAAGACGCACGCCGCUUCUUUGACCAGGAGAGAGUGAAGCUUUUGCAGGAGAUCGCCGAGCUGAAGAGUCUCAAGAAGCAGACCGAUGAGGCUCUCAGCACCAUGAUCCAGUCUGACAAGAUGAAGGCUGGCGACCUGCGGGUGGAGCACCAGCAGCACCAGGAGCAGAUCUCCAAGAUCAAGUGGGACUGUGAGAGGGACAUCCGCAGACUGGUGGAUGAAAUCAAAUCUAAAGACCGCACCAUCUUUGCUCUGGAGAAGGAACUGGAGUCAACAGCAGGUUUCUUACAGAAGCUCCAGCUUCAGAAGGACGCCCUGGACGAACAGCUGUUCCUCGUCAAGGAGGCUGAGUGCGGCCUGGGGAGUCCGAAAAGAGAAAUCCCAGGCAGAGCUGGAGAUGGAGCUGAGCACUGUGGUAGCCCAGACAUGAGGAGAAACCAGAGGCGCAUUGCUGAACUCAACUCGACUAUACGCAAAUUAGAGGACCGCAACUCACUGCUGGUCGAUGAGAGGAAUGAACUGCUAAAGCGAGUUCGAGAGUCAGAGAAGCAGUGUAAGCCCCUGCUGGACAAGAACAAGCUGCUGAGUAAAAGGAAUGAUGAUUUGACUCACACUAUCCAGAAGCUGGAGGAGAAACUCAAGAGCCUGGCCAAGGAGAACCAUGAGAUGAAGGAGAAGAUCAGCUCCCAUCCUCCACUGAAGAAGCUGAAGUCUCUGAAUGACCUGGACCAAGCACACGAUGACCAGGAAAUAGCCUUUCUCAAGCUUCAAGUCCUGGAGCAACAAAGCAUGAUUGAUGAGCUGACAAGAGACCGAGAAAAACUACUAAGAAAGAAAAGGCAUAAAAGAAGUUCAAGGCCAAUUAAGAGGCACAUCGUAGUAGACACCUUCUUUGGGUACGAUGAAGAAUCUAUGGACUCGGAGACGUCAUCAGUGGCGUCGUUCCGGAUGGACAGAACUCCUGCUACUCCUGAUGAAGACCUGGAGGAUGGUCUAGCCAACGAGGAGUCGGAGCUGCGUUUCCGUCAGCUGACCAGAGAGUAUCAGGCCUUACAGCGAGCCUAUGCCCUGCUGCAGGAACAGAAAGGGGGCAUUCUAGACGCUGAGAUGGAGGCCAAGGCUCAGGAGCAGCUCCAAGCAGAUGUGCUCAGGUAUAAAGCCAAAAUAGAGGACUUGGAGAAGGAACUGACCCUGAAGGGGCAGGACUCCAAAUGGGUGGAGGAGAAGCAACUCUUCUUACGGAGGAAUCAGGAGCUAUUGGAGAAGGUGGACAAGAUGGAGUCAGAGUGCAAUCGAGCGCAGCAGGAGCUGCAAGACUCCAAAGACCAGAGUGAACUGCUGGAGUUCAGGAUACUGGAGCUCGAAGAGCGUGAGAGGAGGUCCCCACCAUUCAACCACCUGAGGAUGCAUCCAUUCUCUGAGGGAGUCAGUGCACUGCAGAUCUACUGUAUGAAAGAGGGGGUCAAGGACGUGUGCAUACCAGACCUCAUCAAACUUCUAGACAUUCUGGGAGACAACGGGAACUUAAGAAAUGAGGAGCAAGUGGCCAUUAUCCAGGCCAGCACUGUUUUGUCACUAGCAGAAAAGUGGAUUCAGCAGAUUGAGGGGACGGAGGCAGCGCUGCACCAGAAGAUGAUGGACCUGGAAAUAGAGAUGGAGAUGUUCUGUAAACAGAAAGGAUAUCUAGAAGAGGAGCUGGACUACAGAAAACAGGCCCUAGACCAGGCGUACAUGCAAAUCCAGGAGUUGGAAGCAACGUUAUACAACGCCCUGCAACAGGAUAAGGUGAUAAAGUAUGGUGAACCUCUGGAUGAGCUUCAGAGGGACGAGCUGCGGACGGCGGUGGAGAAGCUGAGGAGGCAGAUGCUGAGGAAGAGUCGAGAGUACGACUGCCAGAUCCUCCAGGAGAGAAUGGAGCUGCUGCACCAGGCACACCAGAGAAUUCGUGACCUUGAAGACAAGACGGAAAUCCAGAGGAGGCAGAUUAAAGACCUGGAGGAAAAGGUGGUGUGUCAGCUUGGAGAUCUUGUUUGUGACUGCAGUGUUAUUUAUUUUCUGGACAAGUGUGGAACAGUGUGCGUAGCAGUGGCUGCUAGUGUCAUAACAUCAGUGACUGCUGUCAGUGUAGGUGGAUGUAUCGUGUGUCGGCCCUGGACGUCCACACUUCAGAUUUUAUUCUUUUGGUCUUUUAAUGGGGGUGGGGUUCUCAGGAUACUGCCCAGGAUGAUGUUAUUUUUAUUUUUUAAUUUCUUCGAGCGGUGUUGGACAUUAAACGUCUCUCCAAACAGCUGGGAGUACUGUAACAGGCUGCAAGAACGACACACAAUUAUAGAGACACUUACAGUAGAUGCAGACACACACAUAUACCUACAUACACGCAGAUUACGGACACGCAUGCAUAUACAGACGCAUGCAGAUGCAAACACGUGCAUAUACACACACAUGCUUUGACAAAUCCAAACCAAAGCCUGGGAAAUGUUCUCUCUGCCAUGCAGGGUAAUAAUAUGUCAUUCACCACCAUCCAGCCACAGUGGGGAUAUAAGCAGACAGAAAAACUCAUAAACAACGAGGCAAACGGACCACAACUUCUCUUCUUUUUCUCUUCUUUCCUUUCCAAACCCGAAAGGACGUUCUUCAUGAAUGCAACCUCUUGGUGAUAUAGAAGCGAGCCAACUCAGGGCCCAUGAGUGCGGAGGCCAGUACUGGUCUCAGGUCAGAUUAUACUGAGGAACACUGUGGGACAUGGUGUGUCACCGGCCGGCCUGCCCUCGCUGUUCCCAGAAUGGUGCUUACACAAACUGCUUGGACUCUCCAGAGAUUAUACCUGGAAAAAGACAGAACUCCACUGCAGAGACUGGUGUGUGUACAGACACUGAAAGGGGGAUACAGGACGCUCAGGUUGACACGUCUUCACCGGACACAUGAAACAGACUUAAGUGAAGAGGGGGUAAAAAAGAGAAAGAAAAGAUCACAGGGGGGAAACGACACUCUCCGAUCCAGCACCCUGGAUCUCCACAGAUUGUCAAACCGCUUCUUAAUUAUUUCUCAAAAACCAGCAGACUGUAAGAGCUUUACUCUCUGGUUACCUUUUUGUUCCUCCUUUCUUUUUUACAGCUCCUACCACUUAGAUACUGUGUCCCAAGAUUUCCACUGAGAAAACAUCCCUAUUCUGUACUGUAAUAUAUACAUUUGUUGAUAUGUACAUGCGUCUGAAUUAUUUCAUGUAGUCUCCCCUUUUUAUUUCUGUGAAUAGGUACACUUUUAUUUGACUCUCUGAAGCAGCUUGAACAGUUGGUGUAGUUUAUAAAUGACUCAAAAAGGGUAUAAAUUGCUCUGUUUUAUUGUGGUGACGGCUGCACAGAUGAACUUUAUCUCCUUGGAAAUUAUAACUGAAAAAUCUCUUGGAAUAUGAAUGUGGAAUAAUGAAAUAUUUGCCUCCCUUUUCCUUCAAUCCUCCCUCUAUCACAUACUGUAUUUAUUACUCUGUCUAAAAGUGUGUCGCUCCCGUUGACCAGCAGGGGGUGCUGGUUUCACCUGAGCGGCUUUCAAUCUGCCCUUUAAAGUUACAUCAUCUUUUGACAAACUUGUAAAUAUUUUCAGACUACAUUGCAAAAUAUUUAUCAGCUCUGGUCGGAUGAUUGGUCGGUUUAAAUUCAGAUCUUACGGUGACAUCAUCAGUACGUCCUACAUGGACCAAAGCUAAAUUCAUCAGAUGAACUUCAUAUGAUUCAAAUGACAUGACAAACAAGUAAAGUCACAAAUUUCUCUACCAGAACAUCACUGCAGUUUCUCUCUUCCCCUCUUUUUUACUAACAAAAAUCGUCUUUGAUACUAACAACACUCUUUUACGAAACACUACUGGCCACUUCCCCAAAAUGAAACAGGAGAAAGUGAAUGCAACACUACACCUGCUCCACUUCUCUCCUGUCAAGCUAACUCUGCCCAGUCCCUGCAAUAUUAACUAGCUGACCGAGCUUGUUCCCCUGUGUACCUGAGCUAGUGUAUCUGCCAUCAUACCACCCCGCUGGCUCCAUUCACAGGUCCGGGGUAUCAAGGCAUCUCAUUACAAAGCGGACAGUGACCACUCCAUUCACUUUACCAAGGGGAAUGACUGAGACUAUUUUUGUGCAAACUCAGCUAACUAGCAGUUGCCUUAAAUGCACUUCCCCCCCCUUUUUUUCCCGCUUGUAUCUUCCUUUGUAACAAUUAUUUUUUCAGGCGGUUGAUAUAAUCAUGUAAUGUAAUGUAUAUUUUUUUGUCUUUCUUUCACAGAGGAAUUUUUUUUAUCUUUACCCCGUCUGUCUUCCAGCCAGAAUUUAACCCCUCCUCCUUCUUUCGUCUAGAUUAUUACAGAAACGGAAAAAAAGGAGUAAUGCUGUAAAAAAUAAACAAAAAAAAAACAUGGCCUUUGACCU